GGCCAGCGAAAGCUCCCGCACCAGUGCCCCGGUUUCGCAGGGUGGAUAUUGCCCUGAGUUGCUCCUACGUGGGGGAAGAUGUAAGAGGCUUGCUGCGUGCCUUUGGCAGCUCGUCCUCCGAGCAUCCUGCUACCCUCGUGCUGAGGGGUAUCAGCGUCAGAGAUGAUGGGAACUUGGAUGACCUAACUGAGUACAAAGGCCCACAGGAAAAUCCUGACUCCUCUUCUCCCAUUGUCUUUGAAGCCUCAGCCCAGUUGGUAUCCAUCCCACAUGCAGAGUCCCUGCUGCACGCGGACUGCGAUGGGGAGGAGGUGAACUGCGAGAUCUCCCCAUACAGCUCCCAGCAGGCCAGCAAGGGUCCCUGCCGUACCUCCUGGUUCAUGGCCACCCUGCAGCUCUCCAGCGGGAUCAGUAUCACCCUGGUGCUCAGAGCCCCCCACUGCGGCAGCCAGGAGGAGGAGCACGAUGCAACACUGCACCCAAAGCUGAGGAUUCCUAUGAGGAAGGAGGGGACAGUGCUCACCACAGUUGAAUUUCAAUCUUCAUCACACAACACCUCCCUGCACACACAUCUUGGUGGCUCAGUCACCCUCGACUGCCACUUUGCCUUGGCUCCCAGCUCCUCACUGUCCUCCCUGGAGUGGAGGAGGCAGCACCAAGGCAGCGGCCGUAGCCUUUUCCGGUACCAGGUGGGGAGCACAGGCCCAACAGUGCAGCCAAAAGUCCACGUGGAUGUGGCAGAGCUGCUGGGGAGUGGAGACGCAUCGCUUAGCCUGCAAGGAGUGAGCGUGGAAGACGAAGGGAUGUACAUCUGUUUGGUGUCCACCCCACUGCACCAGGCCCAGCACAUCAUCCAGCUCCAUGUGGCCGAGCCUCCAAGAGUUCAUGUUAUUCCAGCAGUGGUGUCAUUUGAGAGAGAUGUGAAGACUACUCUGAUGUGCAUCAUUGCUGGCUAUUACCCCCUGGACGUCUCGGUGAGCUGGACACAGAAGACUCCUGAAGAUGACAUGGAAAUCCCUCUCUCAAACGCGCAUCUCUCCAGCCACCGGCAAAGCCAAGAUGGCACCUACAGCAUCACCUCCUACCUCAGCAUUAGCUCUGACACAGCGCGGGCACCAGCCACCUACAGCUGCCAUGUUUCACACAUGACCCUGGCAGAGCCCAUCUCUGUGAGUGCCCAUCUUAAGGUACCAGAGCAAACGGGAUCAGAAGGACUGGUGGGGAGUUUCAUUGCUACCAUCCUUUUCAUCGCUGUCCUCUUCAUUGCGCUCAGGAGAAGAGCAGGUAAACCAAAGCCUGAGCAACUUCUAAGGGCUUCAGAAUAG